AUGCCCCAGAUGGGAAUUCAGCCCAUACCUACGGAUUUUAGAGGGCCUUUGCCAAAAGGAACCAUAGGAUUGAUUCUGGGCCGCUCUUCCCUCACUAUGAAAGGACUUGUUGUUCACCCUGGAGUUGUGGAUCAGGAUUAUGAGGGGGAACUUCAGGUUCUCUGCUCCAGCCCUCAGGGCGUUUUCUCUAUCUCAUCAGGUGACAGGAUUGCCCAGUUAGUGGUUUUACCUAGUUUGCAUGACCAGUACCCCUCCUCCGGCCCCCCUCGAGGGACCCGGAGGUUUGGCUCCUCUGGCAGUGAUUCAGCCUACUUGGUAGUCAACCUCGACACCCGGCCCGUACUGGAGCUUCAAAUAGAAGGAAAGCCCUUUAAGGGCAUUCUAGAUACUGGAGCAGACAAGAGUAUUAUCUCUUCCCGUUGGUGGCCUAAGUCCUGGCCACUGAUAGAAUUGUCCCACCCCCUCCGGGGGUUGGGCUAUGAGGCAAGCCCUACUAUCAGCUCACCCCUCUUAAGGUGGCGCUCCCUAGAGGGACAGUCGGGAGAAUUCACCCCCUUUGUUCUCCCUCUUCCUGUCAAUUUAUGGGGGAGAGAUGUAUUGCUAGGCUUGGAACUAACCUUAACGAAUGAGUAUUCGCAACAAGCUGUGGGUAUCAUGAGAAGGAUGGGUUAUAGAGAGGGGAAAGGAUUGGGAAAAGAAGAACAGGGAAGACUAGACCCACUUCCCCAAGAAGGAAAUGUCGGAAGACAGGGCCUGGGUUUUUCCUAG